CAAAGAGAAGAAAAGAAAAUGUUUGGGAAGAUCAUUGGGGAUGCCCUUAAAACCACGGGCGACGCCCUAAGAACCACCGGCGACGUAGCUGGGUCGGUCGUAAAUGCUGGAGGGAACGUCAUCGACCGUGCCACUGAUAUCGGUCGGAUCGGGAAUAGGAAGAUCAAGGGGAAGGUGAUUUUGAUGAGAAGCAAUGUUUUGGACUUCAAUGAGUUUCAUUCCACUGUUCUUGAUGGUUUCACUGAGCUGUUGGGCAGUGGAAUUGUGUUGCAACUUGUGAGUGCAACGCAUGUUGAUCGCCAUUCUAACGAUCCACGAGGGAAAGUUGGGCGGCGUGCUUAUUUGGAGAGGUGGCUGACCUCACUGCCGCCGUUGUUUGCCGGAGAGUCAGUGUUCCAAAUCAACUUUGAAUGGGAUGAAGAGUUUGGGUAUCCAGGAGCUUUCUAUAUAAGAAAUGGACAUACAAGUGAGUUCUUUCUUAAGUCUCUCACUCUUGAGGAUGUUCCUGGCUAUGGAAAAGUCCAUUUCGAUUGCAACUCGUGGAUUUACCCUCAACGACGAUACAAUAAAGAUCGUAUUUUCUUUGCCAAUAAGACAUAUCUUCCGAGUGAGACACCGGACCCUCUUCGUAAGUAUCGAGAGGAAGAGUUGGUGAAUCUUAGAGGAAAUGGAAAGGGAGAGCGUCAAGAAUGGGAUAGAAUCUAUGACUAUGAUGUCUACAACGAUAUUGCUGAUCCUGAUGGUGGUGAUAAACUUGUUCGUCCGAUUCUUGGUGGGAGUGAUUAUCCUUAUCCUCGUAGAGGAAGAACGGGACGACCACGAACCAGAAGAGAUCCAAACUCGGAGAGUCGAUUAAAGUCGGUGAUAGGGCUAAACAUUUACGUACCAAGAGAUGAAAAUUUUGGGCACUUGAAGAUGGGAGAUUUCCUUGGGUAUGCAUUGAAGGCACUUUCUUCAAACAUCAAGCCUGGCCUUCAAACUAUAUUCGACUUAACUCCAUGCGAAUUCGACAAGUUCAAAGAAUUAUAUAAUCUCUAUGAAGGAGGCUUUCCUAUUCCUCCCAAUGUCUUUAAGACCUUUACUGAUGGCCUCACAGCUCCUAUGUUCAAAGAGCUUUUAAGAACCGAUGGUGAAAGGUUCCUUAGGUUUCCAGUUCCUCAAGUCAUCAAAGAUAAUAAGUCCGGUUGGAGAACUGACCAAGAAUUUGCAAGAGAAAUGAUAGCCGGAGUCAACCCUAUUCUCAUCCGUCGUCUUCAACAUUUUCCACCGUUGAGUAAGCUUGAUCCUAAAGUUUACGGAAAUCAAAAUAGCACAAUCACUGAAGAACAAAUAAAGAAUGGUUUGGAAGGACUAACCGUCAAUGAGGCAAUUAAGGAGAACAAGUUGUACAUUUUGGAUCAUCAUGAUGCGUUGAUGCCAUAUCUUAAGAAAAUAAACUCGACCUCAACAAAGAGCUACGCAACAAGGACAUUGCUCUUCUUGAAAGCGGAUGGCACUUUGAAGCCAUUGGUUAUUGAGUUGAGCUUACCACACCCACAAGGAGAUGAACAUGGUGCUAUUAGCAAGCUAUACUUUCCAGCGGAGAAUGGAGUUGAAGGCUCAAUUUGGCAGCUAGCCAAGGCUUAUGUGGCUGUAAAUGAUGCUGGCUACCAUCAACUUAUUUGCCAUUGGUUGCAUACGCAUGCAGUACUCGAGCCGUUUGUGAUUGCAACCCAUCGACAAUUAAGUGUGCUUCAUCCAAUUCAUAAGUUAUUAGUUCCACAUUAUAAAGAUACCAUGUUCAUAAAUGCAUUUGCAAGACAAACCCUUGUUAAUGCCGAUGGUCUUCUUGAAUCAACUCAUUUUCAAUCAAAAUAUGCCAUGGAGUUAUCCUCUUAUGUAUAUAAAGAAUGGAAUUUCCUCGAACAAGCCUUGCCCGCUGAUCUUAUCAAGAGAGGAGUAGCAAUUCAAGACUCAAGUUCUUCACAUGGAGUUAAACUUUUGAUAGAAGAUUAUCCAUUUGCUGUUGAUGGACUUGAGAUAUGGUCAACAAUAAAGAAUUGGGUUGCAGCCUAUUGCUCUCUAUACUACAAAGAUGACAACGCUAUCCAAAAUGAUAUCGAACUCCAAUCAUGGUGGAAAGAGGCUCGAGAGAAAGGCCAUGCCGACAAAAAAGAUGAGCCCUGGUGGCCAAAAAUGCACACAAUAGCCGAGCUAGUUGAAUCAUGCACCAUAAUCAUAUGGAUUGCUUCAGCUCUUCAUGCAGCCGUCAACUUUGGACAAUAUCCAUAUGGAGGGUUUAUGCCCAAUAGACCAACUUUAAGCCGUAGAUUCAUGCCUGAAGUUGGUAGCAAAGAGUAUAAAGAACUUGAAUCCAACCCUGAAAAGGCCUUCUUGAAGACCAUCAAUUCUCAAAUGCAAUGCCUUCUGGGGAUGUCUCUAAUUGAAAUUCUAUCAAGGCAUGCUUCGGAUGAAGUCUAUCUUGGACAACGAGCUAGCCUUGAAUGGACGGCUGAUAAAGACGCAAUAAAUGCUUUUGAAAAAUUUGGUGAAGAGGUUCAUGGAGUUGAGCAAAGGAUUAUGGAAAGGAAUGUUAAUAUCAAUUUGAAGAAUCGGACAGGCCCUGCUAAUGUGCCCUACACCUUGCUCAUUCCAUCUAGCACUGAAGGGCUCACGGGAAGAGGGAUUCCCAAUAGUAUCUCAAUAUGAACAUCAAAUCAAGCUAUUAUAUUAAGCUACUCGCUAGUAAUCACUAUGAAAUAAAAGAGUUUGCUUAAUAUGUUGCAUUUUAAAUUUUAUGUGUGCCAUGUUGUACUUGUUUAAUUUGUGUUGUGAUGAAUAAAAUCAUGCUUAAUGAAUAGUGUUUUAAU